GUUUUUCUUCCGUCUAUCCCUCGUCGACAACUCCAUGACGACGACUCCUUCGACGACCGCCGCCGCGACUACCGCCGUGAUCAAUGCAAACAUCGAAUGCAUGAAUCUCCUCCAAGGUUACGACGUGGUCAUCGUAUGCUGCUCCACGCCGAUGCAAGCGCAGUACUGGCAGAAUCGCCUGAUGGCCACUCGCGGCGAGAUCUCUCCUGAGAACAUGAAGGUGAUCGCAGUGUACGAAGACUGGGUGGGUGGCGCAGGGAACGGUCUCGGCACGCUUUAUGCGUAUCAAAAAGCAGUGGCGGAAGGCAAAGCCGUGUACGGGGCCGACUUCGACUUGACCGAGCAACUGAAGGCUGGCACUGUUUCCGUGGCUCUGUAUCACACUGCCGGCAAAGGCACUCGGUUGGCACCGUUGCCAGGCAGCGAAAACAACAACAAACCGGGGGUCAAAUUGCCUGCCAUGCUCACGAUCGAUGACAAAGUGGUGCCGAUGACGAUUUUGGAAGCCGUGAUCAAGCAGACAGGUGUGUAUGCCGCGAGCCGACGGGGCCGCUUGUCCGUGUACUGGGGUGACCAAGUGUUUAUCCCGUCUGCGCCGGUGCAAUACACGCCAGUCCAUCACAUCGACAUUUUGGCGACGCUGGCACCGAUGCCGACUGAGGCCGAGUGGAAAGCCAAGGGGUUGGACAAGUAUGGACUUAUCGCCGUGAACGACGACAACCAGGCGGCGCAAGUGGACAAGGUGAGCCAUGCCACUGCUCGACGACUCCUGAGCGACUUUGGCCACCUCAAGUCUGUGGGCACGUCAUUGGGGUCGUUCUCGGUGGACCACGACAUCUUGAUUGCAUUGUUGGGCGAGUUCGACGCCGAAUUGCAGCAAAAGACGGCCAAACUGGACACGGAUCCUCACUUUUGGAUGCCAUUCACGCUGCCCAAGCAGUCUUACAUUGAACUCAUGGUGCAAAAAGGCGUCCAGCAAGCGUUUGCGACCGUGCAUUAUGAACGGAUGCAAGCGCUGCUCCACCGUUUCUACUCGACGCGCCGAGAAAAGCUGGGGCUGUUUGGGUGUGUCGACGUAGGGUCGGCCGCGUACUGGUGGGACUAUGGCCAGCUCAAGUAUUACCUCAAGAACAACGUGCUGGUCACGGAAGACUCGACCGAGGCGACGGCGCUGCGGCUCUUUCUCGGCAUUUCAAACCCGUUGAUGUGGAGCGAGCUCGGCCCAGGCAUGGUGUUUGACCAGGUGGCGGUCCUCGGCAGCAAGAUCACCAAGGGCACGAUUCGGCGCUCAGUCUUGUCGGGGGUCACGGCCACCUCUGUCACGAUUGAAGACUCGAUCCUGAUCAACGUGACUGCGCACAGCAUUAGCGCCAAGCAGUGUGUGCUGUACAACGUCACAUCUGAAGACCUCAAGGGUCUGCAGCUGGACGCCGGGUCUGUGGUCGUGGGCGUGCACUUGCCCAACGGCGACAAGCUUGUGGUGGAAUCCCACUUGAAUAUCUGCGGAGGCGAUGCGUGGAAGGUGAUCCUGGACCAGAACGAGCACUCGUUUGAGCAGAUUUACCAUCUCAACGAAGAAGCCGACGUGGCCGAGAUUGAAAAACUCGUGCGCGACGAACACAUGCGUGUGCGGGAACUUAUCCACCCCACGAAUUAGACGACUCACAUAUAUACAUGUUCGCGACGUGUGAUGUAAAAAGUAAAAUCCAACCAUGCAAUAUGAUUUGCCAUGGUGAAGGGGGGGGGGUCGUUGGAAU